UCGUCUCUGUCGGCCGCACAACACUCUUUGCUCUCCUCUCCUCUCCGCAGAAGAGAGAGAAAUAACCUAACCUCUCUCUCUCUCUCUCUCUCUCUCUCGGUCUCUCGAUCGAUAGAUUUCUCUCUCUGUCUCUUCCAUAUUCACAUCUAUUCAGCGAUUCCGCCGUCGCUGGAUUGGUAUCGCUACGUGGGAUCUUCCGGGACGCGUUAGCUGUUUGUUUACGAUCGUUCUUGUUUUUGGUGGAGGUUCUCUCCAGGGCGAUAGAUCUGAGUUAUGCAGCAAGGUGAUCCGACGGUUUUGAGCUUGAGACCUGGUGGCGGUCGAGGGAGCAGCAGACUUCUCGCACCUCGCUUCGAUUCGUCCUCUUCCUCAUCGACUUCAGCUGCGGCUUCCUUAGCUUUCGGCUCUCUCUCUUCCGAUCUCCCUCUCCUGCGCCCACAUGGCGGGCUCUUUGCGAAGAGUGGAGACACAAGGUUUGAGGUUCGGGAGCUCAUUCGUUAUACUCGAGACCAGCUUUUGCAGCUUAGGGAGGCUGUCGAGCCCCAUGAUGAGAUCUUGAAAAUACAAAAGGAAAUCGAGGCUGAAAUUUUGGGUGAUGAUCAAAGCUGGGGCCGUGUAGAGAGCAAUGCACCAAACCAACCUCAGACUCAAACUCGUUUUUCUGAGCCAGACAAUCGUGAUUGGCGUGGUCGUUCUGCCCAGCUUCCUACCUCUGGGGAGGAGAGGUCCUGGGAGAAUAUCCGAGAAACCAAAGAUUCAAGUGGCCGUUCUGACUUUAGACAGCAGGAAGCAAACCAAAUUAAUCGCCAAGAUCAACUCAACUCCCAGUUUGCAAGGGCACAGAUCUCGUCACUCCAGGGGGGAGGACCUGCUCCUGCUCUCAUCAAGGCUGAGGUGCCAUGGUCUGCCAGAAGGGGUAAUCUCUCGGAGAAAGACCGUGUUCUGAAGACUGUCAAAGGGAUACUGAACAAACUGACUCCAGAGAAGUUUGAUUUACUUAAGGGCCAACUAAUUGACUCUGGCAUCACAACAGCGGAUAUUCUGAAGGGGGUUAUUCAGCUGAUUUUUGAAAAAGCCGUACUGGAACCCACAUUCUGCCCGAUGUAUGCUCUUCUGUGUUCUGAUCUGAACGAAAAGCUGCCUCCAUUUCCCUCUGAAGAACCUGACGGGAAGGAAAUCACUUUUAGGCGGGUUCUCUUAAAUAACUGCCAGGAGGCUUUUGAAGGGGCCGAUAAACUAAGAGAAGAGUUAAGGCAAAUGACAUCCCCUGAACAAGAGCUUGAACGGAGAGACAAGGAAAGAAUGGUCAAACUUCGAACUCUCGGUAACAUUCGUUUGAUUGGAGAGCUUUUGAAGCAGAGGAUGGUAACUGAGAAGAUUGUUCACCACAUUGUGCAGGAGCUUCUGGGACAUGAUAAUAAAGUUUGUCCUGCCGAGGAGAAUGUUGAGGCUAUUUGUCAAUUCUUCAACACUAUUGGGAAGCAGCUUGAUGAGGGCCAUAAAUCACGGCGGAUAAAUGAUUUAUACUUCAACCGUUUGAAGGAACUGACAUCCAAUACUCAACUAGCUCCAAGGUUGAGGUUCAUGGUUAAAGAUGUACUUGACCUGCGUGCUAAUAAUUGGGUGCCCAGACGAGAAGAGGUAAAAGCCAAGACUAUAACCGAAAUACAUUCAGAGGCAGAAAAAAAUCUCGGUUUACGUCCAGGUGCUACUGCAAGCAUGAGGAAUAGCCGAGGCGUUGCUUCUGGUUCUCCUGGGAGUACGACUCCUGGGGGUUACCCAGUUACACGACCUGGUGCUGGGGGCAUGAUGCCUGGAAUGCCUGGAGCUAGGAAGAUGCCUGGAAUGCCAGGAAUGGACAAUGACAAUUGGGAAUUUCCCAGGACUAGGUCAAUGCCAAGGGGUGAUGGAGCUGGAAUGCAACCUCCUGGGCGGCUCCAACCGCCAUCUGUUGGAAAGUCACCCUCACUGAAUACGAGGUUUUUGCCUCAAGGUAGUGGUGGACUUAUAAGUGGGAGGACCAGUGCGUUGCUACAAGGUAGUGGUGGGGUUCGCCCUUCCAGCACAGAAGCUCCAUCUUCAGUUUCUGCUCCAGCACCAGUGAAAACUGUUCCCGUCACAUCAGUUUCACCUGUUCUUGACAAGCCGAUGGCACCUGCAGUGAAGGUGAAUCAGGCUGAGCUUGGGAAAAAAACAACAUCGCUGCUUGAGGAGUAUUUUAGUGUACUGAUUUUGGAUGAAGCAUUGCAGUGCGUGGUGGAAUUGAAUGCUCCAGUUUACUACCCUGAAGUUGUGAAGGAAGCUGUUUCUCUUGCCCUAGAGAAAAGCCCGCCACGCGUUGAACCUGUUGCCAAGCUCCUGGAGUUCCUGCUGACCAAGAAAGUUAUUUCAUCCAGAGACAUAGGGACUGGAUGUUUGCUGUACGCCUCUAUGUUGGAUGAUUUGGGCAUUGAUUUACCAAAAGCGCCCCUUCAUUUUGGUGAAAUUGUUGGGAAACUAGUUUUGGUCAGUGGAUUGGAUUUUAAGGUGAUUAAGGAGAUCCUGAAGGAGGUGGAAGAUGACAGGUACCAAAAAGCCAUACUUGAUGCUGUAAUGAGGAUUGUGACUUCUGAUCCAUCUGGUCAAGCUGUACUGAGUUCACAGGCGUCAGAUAUUGAGGAAUGCAGGGGUCUACUCCAGUGAGCAUUCUAAGUAUCGGAUGAGUAGUCCGGACCCUCUCACCUGUCAAAUUUGUUUCUCAUAUGAAGAUUUGCAGGAUGCUUUUUGGCAAUUCUUUUUUUGAGGCUAGCAACAUUGUACGAAGGCCAUAAUGCAGAGCUGCAGAGGGCAAAGUUAAAUUUUUGAGUUGUAUAUUGAGGUCAUAAAAUCCAUGUUUUAUUUAGGAGAAAGUUGAAAAGGAUAAUCUUACUUUCGAUCGUGGUUGAUCCUUUCCCCAGAUGCUCGAGAUGACUUGCCCGUUUGCGGGAUUAAAGUUUUGUAUUCGAUUAGUUUCUGAUCAUUUAUCAUUUUCUUUUUCUUUUUUUCCAGGAAUUCAGGUUGUUAUUUAGGAAUUGUCAUAAACGUGACGCCUGGAGAGUUACUUCUUAAGUUUGUUAUU